UAGGAGAAUUUACUGCAAUUAUCCGACAAUCAGUAAUUAAUUAGUGGUGGCAAGCUAUUGUUAAAAGGAAUAAUUAACAUCGUCUCAUUAAUUCCUUAAAAUAGAAUUCGUUCAUUUAGUGCAGUUUUAGUUAACAUUUGACUUCUUUGAGAGGACGCACUAUAAACAUUACUUAUCUACGACAUCUUAAGAAAACUAUGACGUUGACUUUUAACAAGAUUCUGUUAGUAUGGGCACUACUACUCCAGUACUAUUCGGCAAAUCCUAGUCCACUAUCAGGUGAUAUGAUAAACAGAAAGUCGAAGCCUUCGUCCUUGUAUAACGAAAGGGAAAGCGGCGCGACAUACGCUCCCAUAGGGGAAAAUAGGGAACAUCAAGACACGAUGCAAAUAAUACGAAAUCUACACAAAGAAUCAAAAUCGGGAAAUUACAAUAACAUGCAACAGCCGAUGGAAAUGAAUCCGAACGUAAAAGAAAUUAACAUGAUAGAAAAGAACCGUUUGAUAGACAUGCCAGUUGGCAGGUCUGAUUCCGAGGAUAAACAAAGGGUUUCUAGAAAAACGUAUCGUGAACAUGACGACGACCCAACAUCCAGGUAUUACCAGGUAGAGACACCGAUCGGUACUGGCAGUUUGAUACUUGAUCUACAUCUAAAAAUGGAACCUCCAGCACCAAGUGAUUGCUGCUGCGAGAACAAUGCAGGGAUGCAAAACAAAGAGAACUGUUGGAAAGUUGAUGGCAGAUGGCAAUGUUUAGUAACGACACCAGUUGAGGAUUGCGUUGAUUAAUUAUUAUUUUUAACAAAAUCAUUAUUUGUAACAUUAGGUAUUCACCUUGCUGUUAAACGUAUUA